AUGAUCGUGAGAGCGCGCGCCUGCCUUAUGCGCUUCUCUGCAGUGGCCAAACCUGAGCUGGACCACACCUCCAGCCAUCAAUCAGGAGGGGGACCCGACCCCGUUUACGUCAGCAUCAGCGAACUGGCAAACGCGCCCCGCUUCGCCCGCCGCGCCAGUGAGGCCGCAAACAGCUCCGCCUUCCCAUGUAGCCAGUGGUAA